AUGGCAGUUUUGCAUCGUGCGUUAUUCACGUGGUUUAAUCUUUUGAUUUUCUUGAUUCUACUUGUUUUAAGACUUGAUCAGAGGAUACAAUGGAAUUGGUUCAUAGUUUUUAUUCCAAUGUGGUUGUACGAUCACAUACUUUUGGUUUAUAUUAUCUUUAACAUGAUUUCUCAUUGUAAAAAUGGACAUGUUGUGAAUUUACGUCGGGAAGCAUGGUACAUGACAGCUGUGUUUAUGAAACUAAGCACCCAAAUUUUAAUAUGUUUGAAAUUAGAAGCACCACAUUGGUUUCUACCAGCAAAAGUUGUUUUGGCACCAUUUUGGGUUCUUCUUCCUGCAUUGGCAGUUGAUGUUUUUGUACAUCUGAUACAACAUUACCGGUAUUAA